GAUUUUAGAAGUAAAUUGUGAUAUUUGUGAAUGAUUUGCAAAUAAGAAUAAAAAUUUAAUAUUAUUGUUUACCAAGAUAAAAUUACUUAUUUCGCCCAAUAAAUCAUAUAAAAUUGGUGAAGAUGUUUCAGUUUGGAUUUAACAUGUUUCACGAGAUCUCCAGGCCUUUUAACAUGACCUACCGAUGUUAUUCUGUAUCUAUGUUACCCGGUAAUGAGAGACAAGACGUUGAAAGGGGAGGAAAAAUUAUUAUGCCACCAUCAGCUCUGGAGUCAUUGACGAGAUUAAACAUUGAAUACCCAAUGAUAUUUAAGCUGACAAAUAAAAAAACCAAAAGAAUUACACACUGUGGGGUUCUUGAGUUUGUCGCAGAUGAGGGGAAAGUUUAUUUGCCUCAUUGGAUGAUGGCCAACUUAGUGCUAGAAGAAGGAGCUAUAAUCCAAAUAGAGAGUGUGUCAUUGCCUGUGGCCACAUUUUCCAAGUUUCAGCCAUUAUCAGAAGAUUUUCUUGAUAUCACAAAUCCAAAAGCAGUAUUAGAAAAUUGUCUGAGAAAUUUUUCAUGCCUGACAACUGGAGAUGUUAUUGCUAUCAAAUACAAUUCCAAAGUAUAUGAGUUAUGCGUGUUGGAGACAAAACCUGGAAAUGCAGUUAAAAUAAUUGAGUGUGAUAUGAAUGUGGAAUUUGCUGCUCCAGUUGGGUAUAAAGAAGAAGAUCAUAUGUCUAGAGCUGAUGGUGAUGAUGAUGUUACAAUGGAUGAGGAUCCAGCAUCUAUGAUGCCUGAACCAGCUGGCUUCGUGGCAUUUAAAGGAGAAGGUAACAGACUAGAUGGGAAAAAGAAAAAAUUAACUAGUGAAAGUGACUCUGAACCGCAAGCAUCUAAUCCAAGACAGCCCUAUGUACGUGGUGUCCCAGACUAUGAUUAUGUUGUCGGAACACUGAGGUUUAUAAGGAACUAUAAAACUGCUAAUGCAAAAGACGAGACCCCAUCAGAACCAUUCCAAGCCUUCAAAGGCGAAGGAUUUACUCUGCGCACUGCCAAAUCUAAAAAUUAGUAGUGUGGUUGUUAUUAGUUAUACAGUUUAUCAUAUAAUUUAACUUAAUAUUGUACAUUCAACCAAAUGGACAGGAAAGUUAAAGAGAUAAGAACUCAGUGACUCAUAUACAUAAGUUGUUUACUUGGGUGAUAACAUUUUUAUAAAUAAACUAUUUAGAAUGUGA